CUCCAGCAUCAAUCAGGCAUUGGUGUCAGGUAUACAGUAGUGUCUGAUAAUUUUUAAAAUACAGAUGUUGAAGUUAAAUCCUAAGCCAUAAAGCACAGAAAUCCAAAAUGUAUAGCCUUAGAAGAUAAGUUAGCUAAUGUUCUAAAGUUGAUCUUAAUUGCCUUUGAAUAUAAAAUAAGUUGAAGAUAUUUGGAGCAAGGGCAGUGGCAGCCUUGAUUAAUGCCUUUAGUGUUCACUAGGCAUACUUUCCUACCAACUACUAUCAAGGUCACAUUUGUUUACACAUUCUUAUUAAUCCUGAGAAAAAGAUUCCUGACUUGAAAGAGCUACUUCUAAGGUAUGGUAAAACUCUAAGAUUCUUCAAAGCAACUUGAAAGUCACAAAGCUAACAAGCAAGAAAUAACUUGGGUUUGCCUAAGAGGGUGCAGAAAUUACUUAGGCCUCUGAGCGUCGCUGUUGACCACCUAAGAAGUAAAAGGCUGCAACACAUCUAGUCCAACAUUCCGGCUCCCACAACAAAAGGACUGGGUAUUUGGCCCCCAAGCUUCCGGGCGGAAAAAAAAAAAAAUGCAGCAGCCCAAAUUUCUCUCUACAGUGACCUGGGUCCUGUGAAUGCUGAUCCCCACAGACCCUGAGGAAUACAGAGGAAUAAAACUGGAUGCUGGAAGUUGCCUGGGAGAAAAGAUUGCAGCAGAAGAAAUGGCGGCUCUGCAAAAGUUAUCACAACGCGGAAGGCUUCAUCGGCUGUAUUUUCUUUUGGUGGUUUUGUGGGAGGCCGGAGCUGGACAGAUGCACUAUUCUGUGCCAGAAGAGAUUGACAAAGGCUCCUUCGUGGGCGACAUCGCCAAGGACCUGGGGCUGGAGCCCCUGACACUGGCAGAGCGUGGAGUCCGCAUCGUCUCCAGAGGUAGGACGCAGCUCUUUGCUCUGAACCCGCGAAGCGGCAGUUUGGUUACCGCAGGCAGGAUAGACCGAGAGGCGCUCUGUGCUCAGAGCGCGCAGUGCCUGGUGAAUUUUAACAUACUCCUGGAAGACAAAUUUAAUAUUUAUUCAGUAGAAGUGGAAAUAACAGAUAUUAACGAUAAUGCCCCUCGCUUUGGAGUAGAUGAACUAGAGCUAAAAAUCAGUGAAACCACUACGCCAGGAUUCCGAAUUCCUCUAAAGAGUGCGCACGAUGCAGACGUAGGAGAAAACACCCUUCAGAAGUACGAACUGAACCCAAAUGACCACUUUUCCCUGGUUGUGCGAAGCGGAGUGGAUGGGAACAAGUACCCUGAGCUGGUGCUGGAGCUCGCCCUGGACCGCGAAGAGAAGGCUGUUCACCACCUCGUCCUUGUGGCUUUGGAUGGGGGCAGCCCGGUCCGAUCUGGCACCUCCCGCAUCCACGUGACUGUCCUGGAUGUGAACGACAACGCACCUAUAUUUACACAGUCUGAGUACCGUGUAAGUGUUCCUGAGAGUAUUCCCGUAGGUACCCGGAUACUCACAGUCACCGCCACUGACACAGAUGAGGGAUACAAUGCCCAAGUAGCAUAUAUUCAAGAGAAAAAUCCUGGAGAAACCUCAGAGAUAUUUGAGCUUGAGUCGACAUCUGGAGAUAUAACAAUCAUAAAGAGUCUAGAUUAUGAAGAUGCCAAAGUCCAUGAAAUUGAUAUUGAAGCUCAGGAUGGUCCGGGCCUUCGGACCAGAACAAAGGUUAUUGUGACUGUUCUGGAUGUGAAUGACAAUGCUCCAGAAUUUUAUAUGACAUCUUCUACCAGUUCAAUUCCUGAAGGCUCUCCUCCAGGAACCAUAAUUGCACUUUUUAAUGUACAUGACAGAGACUCUGGGCAGAAUGCAUUUAUCACAUGUUCACUCCCAGAGAACCUUCCUUUCAAGUUAGAAAGAUCAGUGGACAAUUACCACCGACUGGUUACAACCAGAGCCCUUGACAGGGAACAGUUUUCCUCUUACAACGUCACUGUGACUGCUAAAGAUGGAGGAAAACCAUCUCUGUCCACGGAUGCUUACAUUACGCUGCAGGUGGCAGACAUUAAUGACAACCCACCCACCUUCCCUCACACGUUCUACUCUGCCUACAUUCCUGAAAACAAUCCCAGGGGUGCUUCCAUCAUUUCUGUGGUGGCCCAUGACCCUGACAGUGACGAUAAUGCCCAUGUAACUUACUCUUUGACUGAAGACACUCUUCAGGAUGCACCCCUGUCCUCUUACAUCUCCAUCAACUCUGACACUGGCAUCCUGUAUGCAUUGCGCUCCUUUGACUAUGAGCAGUUCCAGGAUUUGCACCUGAGGUUGACUGCAUGGGACAAUGGGAACCCACCCCUCAGCAGCAACGUGUCACUGAGUAUAUUCGUGCUGGACCAGAAUGACAACGCACCAGAAAUCCUGUACCCCGCCCUCCCCACCGACGGUUCCACAGGCGUGGAGCUGGCGCCCCGAUCCGCAGAGCCUGGAUACCUGGUGACCAAGGUGGUGGCGGUGGACAGAGACUCUGGCCAGAACGCCUGGCUGUCCUACCGUCUGCUCAAGGCCAGCGAGCCAGGGCUUUUUACGGUGGGGCUGCACACGGGCGAGGUGCGCACUGCACGGGCCCUGCUGGACAGAGAUGCGCUCAAGCAGAGCCUGGUGGUGGUGGUGCAGGACCAUGGCCAGCCCCCUCUCUCGGCCACCGUCACGCUCACCGUGGCGGUAGCUGACAACAUCCCAGACGUCCUGGCCGAUCUGGGCAGCACCAGGACCCCCGCCGACCCAAAUGAUUCUGACCUCACGCUGUACCUGGUAGUGGCGGUGGCUGCUGUCUCCUGCGUCUUCCUCGCCUUUGUCAUCGUACUGCUGGGACUCAGGUUGAGGCGCUGGCACUCAUCCCGUCUGCUCCAGGCUUCAGGAGGCGGGCUGGUGGGCGUGCCCGCCUCUCACUUUGUGGGCGUGGACGGGGUGCGGGCUUUCCUGCAGACCUAUUCCCACGAGGUCUCCCUCACCGCGGACUCCGGGGAGAGUCACGUGAUCUUCCCCCAGCCCAACUAUGCCGACAUGCUCCUCAGCCAGGAGAGCUGUGAGAAAAAGGAUUUUCUAUCAUCACCUCAGUCUUUACUUGAAGACAAAGGAGAAGAAACAUCCAAGGUAAACUCCCUUCACGGUAUACUUAUGAGGCAUUGCUAAAAUAAAUAGAUAUGUUUAUUUACUCCGCUGCCUCCAUUGUUUACCACGUUUUCUGUUUUGCAUAUUUACUUGUGAAUAUAUCCCUUUUAAGGACAUGAGUCCUGGUGAAUUAUUUCUCAGUAGUUCUAAGUGUUUACACCUUCUACGGGGGAAGAGGAGGCUAGAAUCAUUGUAUCAUAAAUUUAAAUCAGGAGUUAGUAUUGGGUGAAUAUUAUAUUUAGGUUAUCAAAGAGCAUUGCAUUAGGAAAUGGUGUAUCUGGUUUCUCAUACUUUCUUUCUCUUCCCUGGGCAAAUCUUCUUGUCUACCUGGAUCAAUAAUUCUUUCUCUAUUAAAAAUAUGAAGAUUGAGGGGCGGCUGGCUGGCUCAGUCGGCAAAGCAUGCUACUCUUGAUCUUGGGGUGGGGAGUUUGAGCUCCAUACGGUGGUAGAGUUUAUUUUAAAAAAAAAAAAGGAAGUCUGAAUUUUAUGUUUACUCAAGUGCUUUAAAAUUCAAGGGUUUUGUUUUAUAUUUUAACCUAUGAAUAAUGAAACACUUUAGUUGUCUAAUGCCUUCACUCAGUUGUAAUAUUUUUCCUUCAGUUUGACAGUGAGGUUCUUCAUUUCAUUUGAUUCAUAUGACCUUCCCUAUUUAAAAUAUGGAAAUUUAGAAAUAUAUAUGUUCACUGUGUCUUAGGAAAGUAUGUCAUGGUAUCUACACGUAAUUAAAAAUCCCACUGACUUUUAAAGUAGCUCUGUG